CACAGGAAGGUCACACCAUCCCCCACCAUCAUCAGAGUGGAGACCUCGGGGAUUAUAAUAUUGUAGUUAAGGGAGAUUAUAAAGAAGAGGAUGAGGAGUAUGGAGUGAUGGAGGAGUUUUCUGAUGGAUACAAUGACAUUAUGGAGUCACCUAAUACCAGGAACCCACCAGAGAGAUGUCCCCGUCCUCUGUAUUCCCGGGAUUCCACACAGGAAGAUCAGUAUUAUGAGGAUGAAGACCAAAUUCCUCAAACAGAAGAAAACGAGGAGAAAACACAAAGGUCACCACUGAGCAGCCCGUCUUAUAAAGAGGAGGAAAAUAUUUCAGAGAUUAGCGCAGAUGAGAAUGACAUCAGAGAAAAUCCAAGUUGCCGUCUCGUCUUCCCUCCAUAUUGUAAAGAAGAAGAAGAAGAUCUAUUCUGUGAUCCUCCAGGAGAACACAAUCCUAACCCAGAUAUGUUUUCAGGAUUUUGCCGUGUGGAUAGAUCACCCGAUCCUUCCAAUCCAGUGGAAUCUUCUCCGAAUAGAUCACAUGCAUUGACUUUGAAUCCUCACCGAGGGAUCACCUUCCCGGAUCCCUCUGAGCCCGAGGAAUCUUCUCCCCUUCCGUUAGAUUCCGGUACCCUGAAUAUCCUUCCAGAACUGCACGGCGUGGGCCGAUUUCUGGAUUCUUCCAAUCUGAUACAAUCCAUCAAAUCCGAGCCUACUACCUCAGAUUUCGAUCCUUACCACAUGGAUAGACACCAGGUAGGAUUUCUGCAACAGGAACCGAGCAACUUCACCCAACGGCUGGCACACAAAGGCCGCAGGACCUACCAGUGUCCAGAAUGUGGCAAAAGCUUCAACCACAGCGGCAACCUCAUUGUACAUCGCAGGAUCCACACCGGAGAGAAACCCUUCCAGUGUCUUCAUUGUGGAAAGGCUUUCGCUCAUCGGUCAAAUCUCGUCCAGCAUCAGAUCGUACACCGAGGAGAGGAACCAUUACCAUCCAUGGUGUAUAGGAACAGCCUAAGAGGACUGGCACCAUUACCAUCCAUGGUGUACAAGAAUGGACUAAGAGGACUGGCACCAUUACCAUCCGUGGUGUAUAAGAAUGAUCUAGGAGGUCAGGCAGUGCCACCAUCCGUGGUGUAUAAGAAUGAUCUAGGAGGUCAGGCAGGGCCACCAUCCGUGGUGUAUAAGAAUGACCUAAGAGGACAGGCAGGGCCACCAUCCGUGGUGUAUAAGAAUGACCUAAGAGGACAGGCAGGGCCACCAUCCGUGGUGUAUAAGAAUGACCUAAGAGGACAGGCAGGGCCACCAUCCAUGGUGUAUAAGAAUGACCUAAGAGGACAGGCAGGGCCACCAUCCGUGGUGUAUACGAAUGACCUAAGAGGUCAGGCAGGGCCACCAUCAACUGGGCAAGCAAAUGGCAUAAGGGGACAGGCAGCCUCAACAUCUGCUAUGUAUGGCAACAGUUUAGAAGGACCGGCACUACCACCAUCCACCCUGUAUGGAAAUGGCGUAGGAGGAACGGCAUCAUCACAGUCCACCGUAUAUGGAAAUGGCGUAGGAGGACAGACAACAUCACCAUCUGCUUUGUAUGGGAGCGGCCUAUCUCCGAUACUGGGAGCCAGGAGACAACAGAUGGCUUAUGGACAUCCCACCAGGAGAGCCUCCGAGUGGCGUUGUGUUCCGUCUCCGGACUGUAAAGUGGAAUAUGAAGACAUCUCAGAAGAUCCUCCAGAGGAAAACCCCAUUGCCUCCAAUAUGAAUCUCGGACCUGGGGAAAGAUCACCAACAACCCCUCGUCCUGUGGAAUCUUCCCUGGAUAAGUCCAAUAUCAUCACUCCAAAUAUCCAUUCGGAACUUCCCAGUGCAGAGGGAUCACCAGAUCCAGUGGAUCUCUCUCCUAGUCAUGACGUUCCCUCAGAUAUCUAUGGAACAAUGGGCAUGGGUAGCGUACCCGACCUCUCAUAUCGGACAGAACCUUUACCUUUUACAUCACAUACUGUCAACCAUAAAACCCAACCAGGACUUCAUAGUUUGAACAAAUCGGCAGAUCCCAAUGAUCCUGAGGGGUCUUCUAACGGCAACUCCCAUUCCAGUGUCUCGAAAAGGCAUCUUCACCGUCCAGAUUUAUUACCGGAUCCCUUUCAUUUUAUGGAUUCUUCUUUUAAAUCAAAUCUGGUUAACUCAAAUGUCCAUCCGGGAGAUUCUACUUCAGAGGAGAGAUCCCCGAAAUCCCCUAAAAGGGCAGAACCGACUCUCAACAGGCAAUGUGGCCCAUCGCAGAAACCGCCGCACAGAGAACGAAGAAUAUAUCAGUGUCCCGAGUGCGGCAAAUGUUUCAAGCAAAGCGGCAACCUGAUUGUCCACCGGAGAAUCCACACGGGUGAGAAGCCCUUCCAGUGUCUUCACUGCGGAAAAGCCUUUGCCCAUCAGUCAAACCUGGUCCAGCAUCAGAUUGUACACCGAGGGCAGGCGCCGCCGCCUCCGUCCACCACGUACGGGAACGGCUUAUCGUCACCCUUAGAAGUCAGGAGGCAUCAGAGGACUUGUGACGUGUUUUCCUGUUCGUAUUGCGGGAAGUGUUUCAAGCACAUGUCCAAUCUGGUGACCCACGAAAGGGUCCACCUGGGCGAGAAGCCCUUUUCAUGUUCAGAGUGCGGGAAAAGCUUCAAGCAGAAGUCCGCUCUCAUCUCACACUGCAUCAUUCACAUGGGCGAGAAGCCCUUCCCGUGCCCUGAUUGCGGGAAGUGUUUCAAGCAGAGCUCGGCGCUCAGCAUGCACAUGAAGAUUCACACGGGCGAGCGGCUCUACGCCUGCACCGAGUGCGGGAAAAGUUUCAGGGACAACUCGGCUCUUGCCAGGCACUAUCGGAUGCACACGGGGGAAAAGCCGUACCCCUGCACCGACUGCGGUAAACGUUUUGCCCACGUAGCCAACCUCAUUCCUCAUCAGCGCAUUCACACGGGGGAAAGGCCGUACGCGUGUUCAGACUGCGGGAAGGGCUUCUCCUCCAAAUCCUACCUCGCCGAGCACCAGACCAUCCACACAGACAGCAAGCCCUUUCCGUGUCUCGAGUGCGGCAAGUCCUUCAAACAGAAAACUAUCCUCCUACAACACCAGAAAACGCAUGAGAUGGACACGCCCUUCAUAUGCCCCGAGUGCGGCAAAGGCUUCAAGGGGAAGGCCACUCUGGACCAGCAUCUGAGUGUCCACGCCGGGGACAGAUCGUAUAUGUGUUUGCAGUGCGGUCAAAGUUUUUCUCAGAAACCCCACCUGGCCUUACAUGAGAGGCUCCACCACUCUCAAUGAUUGGGACAAACGUUUCCUAAGUGUCUUAUCCAUCCCAUAUACGUCUAAUAAAAGUCUUUUACCAAACCA